AUGGCAGAAAUUCGGCAACGAGUUGGCAAAAAGUCUGAUACUGAGGCCGAAGAGUUUUUACCCCAGACCAACUUGGAGAAUAAAACAAAGGAUGAGUCGUUAAAGUACGAGCCGCCACAACCUGAAGAAGACGAAUAUUCCAAUGUGAUAUUAAUAGUCAUUACAGGCCUUAGCUUUAUAACGAGACUUUGGCGUAUAAGUAAUCCAAGCGAAGUUGUCUUUGACGAAGUUCAUUUUGGCAAGUUUGCAAGUUUCUACCUGAAACGCACAUACUUCUUUGACGUUCAUCCUCCUUUAGCCAAACUCAUGUUAGCGGCAAUGGGUUGGUUUCUUGGUUAUGAUGGACACUUUGAGUUCGAUAACAUUGGCGACGAUUACAUAAAAAAUAACGUUCCAUACGUUGGAUUAAGAUUGUUGCCUGCUACUCUUGGAGCUUUGCUGGUUCCAUUAACUUAUUUGAUCUUGAUUGAGUCUGGAUACCCUGUUAUCACCGCUUGUUUCGCGGCCGGGCUUGUAUUGUUUGAUAAUGCGUUGAUUACCCAAACGAGAUUGAUUUUACUCGAUGCGAUGCUUUUGUUCUUUAUGAUGUGUACUUUGUAUUCUUAUAUCAAGUUUUACAAGUUUCGAUUAAGUCCAUUCUCUACAGAUUGGUGGUUAUGGUUGACCAUCACCGGAGUUUCACUCGGCUCGACGAUGAGCGUGAAGCUGGUCGGAGUGUUCACUGUUUUUACUAUUGGUUUUGCUGUUAUGUCUGAUCUGUGGGAGCUAUUGGACAUUAGACGUGGUCUAACUAUGGUCUGUAUGGGGCAAUAUCACGUGACAAACAAACUAUCACAUGAUAUUAACUUUGAGCCCAACAAAAUCAACAGCAACAAUUUAGAAGCCACUUCUUUGCUCGUGCGUGGUCCUGGAGAUGCAUUUAUGAGUCCCGAGUUCCAGCUUACUUUGAAGGGAAACUCGUUGAAUUUGGAAAGUCAUGAAAUCAGAUUUGGUGACACAAUCACUCUGAAACAUAAGGAUACUUCAGUAUUUCUACAUUCGCAUUCUGAAAAAUAUCCUUUACGAUACGAAGACGGGAGGAUAAGCAGUCAAGGACAGCAAGUAACGGGAUAUCCACACAAAGAUAGCAAUAAUCACUGGAUCGUGAAGCCAGCUAUCCCCUUCCUUAAUUCAGCCGAUCGACCAUCGAACGAUACUAUCAAGCAUGGCGACCACAUCCGUUUAGAACACAUAAACACUCGCACUUAUCUCCUAACGCACGAUGUUGCGUCCCCACUGAUGCCCACUAAUCAAGAAUUUACUACAAUACCUGCCGAUAACGACUCCCGAUAUAACGAGACAGUAUUCGAAGUAUUGAUUGAAAAAGGAGAGUCAAAUACUGUAUGGAAGAGUAAAGCUAGUUAUACAAGACUGCUACAUUUUGAUACAAAGGUUGCACUAUGGACGCAUAAGGAGGCUUUGCCCCAGUGGGCGUUUAAACAACAAGAAGUUAAUGGAAACAAGAAUAAUGUUGAAAAGAGUAAUCUUUGGUACGUCGACGAAAUUGUCGGGAAGAAUGUGACUGAAGUCGGGGAGUCCAAGAAACCUCCGAAAGAAAUACCUUUUAUUUAUAAAUUUUUCGAACUCCAACGGCUUAUGAUUGCUCAUAACUCUGGACUUACUAAAUCCCACCCAUACGCAAGCUCUCCAAUAAACUGGCCAUUUUUGGUUCGUGGAAUAUCGUUUUGGACAAAAAAUGAUAGUAGAUCGCAGAUUUAUUUAAUUGGAAAUCCACUCACUUGGUGGCUGAGCAUAGGAGCGAUUUCUGUAUUUAUUGGUAUUAUUGGAGCAGAAAUUAUUUCGCGACGAAGAGGAAUGGCACCGCUACAUCCACCUGUCAGAAAUAGAUUCUACAACUCUGCAGGAUUCUUCGUGAUGGCAUGGCUGCUCCAUUACGGCCCAUUCUUUUUAAUGGGGCGAUCACUCUUCCUCCAUCACUAUCUCCCUGCGCUACUAUGUUCUUAUCUUGUAGCAGCUGCCAUGUUUAAUUUCAUGUUUGUUGAUUCGGUUAAUUAUCCCGUCUCAUACCCCCCUCUGGUAAAGAAACCGGCUCGUCAGGUUCUGCACGCAUUGGUUCCAUGGACAUCCUAUCCCGUUGCAGGUUUAUUAAUUGGAGCGACAGCAGUGGCAUUCUGGUUUUUCGCUCCAAUAACAUACGGAACUCCAGGCCUAAGUGUAGAAGAAGUAAAAAGCAUAACAUGGCUAGAUACUUGGGAUUUACAUUUUGCAGUUAAGUAA